GUUUAACAACCAAGGCCAACGUACUGUCACCGGUGGUGGUGCUGCUGUUGUUCUUGAUGGUGCUAAUAAUUUCAUUUCGUCAAGUGCGCUGGAAGCAAACGGCUCCAAUUCGGCAGACGGGAAUGGAGUGCACGACUCAUCGUAUCAGUUUUCACCCUCAGAAAGAAAGCCUGCAAGUAGCAGUGGCGAUCAGCGUUUCGGCUUUUCGUAUUUUGCUCAUCAGAUGCAUCCACGAUCGCCACUCUCAGGUGCCCAGAAUCUGCGGCUUCUGAGCUACAACUUGUGGCUCCAACCUCCACUACCGAAUUCCUUUCACACCAAUGGUUGCGACGACUUCAAAUUCGAACGUUUGGAGCGGUUCAUGGAUAAACUCCAAGGUUUCCAGAUAAUGGCGCUUCAAGAGGUGUACGGAAGUUAUUCCGAUCGGCGGGAUCGUCUUGCG